AGAGAAACAGAACGAGAAGAGAGAGAAACUGAAACAGCUUCACCUGCAAUUCCAAAGCGCUUUUCAUUUUUUGUGAAAUUUCGUUCUCCGGUUCCUCUUUGCUGGAAUCGGAGAAUCAUCUUCUCAUCUCCCUUUUUCUUUUUUCUUGACCCCUCAUCUCUCCAUUCCCAUCUGGUGCUGGAAUCUUUGGCUCUGCUGGUGAAAGCUGGGCUUUGGAAUUGGAAUCUUUUUUUUCUAUGGACUUGUGAUUUUGAGGAAGCAAAGAGGUGGGGGUGUUGGAGAAUUGGGGGUUUUUUCUAAUGGGUGUCUCUCAGAAUGACGGACGAAUGGAGGGUUGGUUGUUUCUCAUACGUUCCAAUCGGUUUGGUUUGCAGUAUUCAAGAAAACGGUACUUUGUUCUUGAGGAUCACUAUCUUAAGAGCUUCAAAUCAGUACCCAUUUCAAAGGAUGAGGUUCCUGUUAGAAGUGCAAUUAUAGAUUCCUGUAUUCGGGCCACCGACAAUGGAAGGGAGAGCAUUCAUAGAAAAGUGUUCUUCAUUUUCACUCUUUAUAAUACUUCCAACCACAAUGAUCAACUUAAGUUGGGAGCAAGCAGUCCAGAGGAAGCUGCAAGAUGGAUGCAGUCAUUUCAGGAAGCAGCUUUAAAGGCAGGUCCAAACACAAGAGGUGGUGGCAUGGGUUGUUCCAAGAGUAAAUGGCCGUCUUUUCGGUUGAUCUGUUCUAAUAGGAUACAUCGUACAAACUCCAUAGACUGGACUCUUUGUUCAUCCACACACAUGGAUCCAAUGACAUCUGAUGUUAUCGCACCUUCACCUUGGACAAUCUUUGGUUGUCAAAAUGGUUUACGGCUAUUUAAAGAAGCAAAAGAUAGGGGUUCUCAUGGAAAGUGGGAUGAUCAUCCUGCAAUAAUGGCUGUGGGUGUGGUUGAUGGGACUUCAGAGGCCAUUUUUCAGACACUUAUGUCUCUUGGUCCCUCAAGAUCAGAAUGGGACUUCUGUUUUUAUAAGGGAAAUGUGGUGGAGCACCUUGAUGGUCAUACGGAUAUUGUUCACAAGCAAUUAUAUAGAGAUUGGUUACCUUGGGGAAUGAAAAGAAGAGAUCUAUUAUUGCGGCGGUAUUGGAGAAGAGAGGAUGAUGGAACAUAUGUUAUACUCUACCACUCUGUGAUUCACAAGAAGUGUCCACCCCAGAGAGGCUAUGUUCGUGCCUGCCUUAAAAGUGGAGGAUAUGUGGUAUCUCCUGUAAACCAGGGGAAACAAUCAGUUGUAAAACACAUGCUUGCUAUUGACUGGAAAUUCUGGAGAUCUUAUCUACAAACAUCUUCAGCUCGAUCUAUAACCAUCCGGAUGCUUGGGAGAGUUGCUGCAUUACGAGAGUUGUUUAGAGCAAAGCUAGGGAACUACCCUUCCUCUGAUUUCUCAUCUGGAGAGUUGACAAGCAAUGUUAGGUUGCCUCAAAGUGAGCAGGAUGUCAAAACUGAAGCUCAAACACUCACAGAGGAGAAGACUGAGGAGGAUAUAGAAGAUAGAGAAGUGGAUAAAACACCUUCAGAACAUGCAAGCCUUGUAGGCCUGAAUGAUGCGGCUGAUGAGUUCUUUGAUGUUCCAGAACCAUCAGAUUCUGACCUAGCUGAAAAUGGUUGGCCUUCUGAUUUUGGUUCAGAAAUGUACUCUCAGGACAUUCGGCAUCCUAAGUUAUCUACUGCUGCUGGUUUUGUAAAAAAAUUGCAUGAUCUUGCAAUUCAGAAGAGAGGUUAUAUGGACUUACAAGAGGUGGCAAGGGAAGACCGUAUUCCAUGCUGCUAUGGAGCUACACUUCCAAAAGAUCCAACAUGUAAUCUGGCUUGCAGUUGGACAGAAGCAGAUCCCUCUACAUUUUUAAUCCGUGGAAAGAAUUAUCUAGAAGACCAUCAGAAGGUUAAGGCAAAGGGAACUUUGAUGAAAAUGGUUGCUGCAGAUUGGUUAAGAUCUGACAAGAGGGAAGAUGAUCUUGGUGGCCGUCCUGAGAGCAUUGUUCAGAAAUAUGCGGCGCAAGGUGGCCCUGAGUUCUUCUUCAUUGUAAACAUCCAGGUUCCAGGUUCGACAACAUACAGUCUAGCACUAUAUUACAUGAUGAAUACUCCUGUGGAAGACUCACCUUUGCUUGAAAGCUUUAUCAAGGGAGAUGAUGCAUAUAGAAAUUCGAGGUUUAAGCUCAUUCCUUACAUAUCUCAGGGGUCCUGGAUCGUUAAGCAGAGCGUUGGAAAGAAAGCAUGCCUAGUGGGUCAAGCGCUUGAAAUUAAUUAUUUCCAUGGGAAGAACUACUUGGAGCUUGGAAUCGACAUUGGGUCAUCAACAGUUGCAAGGGGUGUGGUCAGUCUUGUUCUCGGUUACCUUAACAAUCUGGUUAUUGAAAUGACAUUUCUGAUACAGGCUAACACGCCGGAGGAACUCCCAGAAUAUCUUCUUGGAACCUGCCGCCUUAACCAUCUGGAUGCCUCAAAAUCAGUUUUAGUGAAACCGUGAUUGUCUCCCAACCUUGUUUUUAGCUGGGGUCUUUUGAUCAAAUACAAAAUGUAGAUGCAGUGGUCUGCAAACCAACUUGUGGAUGCCAUUCUUUCAUUUAACAAAUUCAUACUGGCAGGAGGAGGGCCUUUGUUGAAAUUGUCAUGAGGGCAUAACCCAACCUUUGUAAAGAAAGAAAGUUUCUUGAAGCUAAUGGGCGUUCUUCAAUGUAUAUUGUUGGUGAGAUGUUCAAAACUGUUGUUAACAUUUUUUCGUUUUUUGCCAUAGAGUGAAAUCCCACAAAAUAUGGCCAAGGUGCUCAAAGUGUAGGUUUGGUGAUUGCUGGGUGCCAAUAACAUAUUUUUGGUGUGUUGGCGCUGAA